UGUUGCUGCAGGUAAAGAGAAUCGAGAGAAACGAAUGCUAGUCGCGAUCGCACCUUCGUACCUGCAAUAUCUGAACGCUCUCGUUACUCAAACAGAGCGCAUCUCGCCAUGCGGUUGACGUAGAAAAAACCCCGCAAAACAAGGGCCAAGGGGACAAAAUCAUGAAGACGUUAGAGUCAUUAGCGGUGUUCCUGCUCUGGGUACUUGUAUCCGGGGUUUGGACCCAAAGUAACUACGACACACAUGGGAAUAGCAUUGAAUAUGAUCCAGAAUCGGGAUUACCGCCAAGUACAAUUCUUGAUGGCAAGGUCACUCAAUUGGAUGAACUUAAGGCAGACAUUGUCCUUAAUCGCACCAAGGCAUUUCUCAAUUGUUCCCAAGGCAGUAUGGACGUGGAAUUAACAUUCAGGGAACCGUUCUAUGGAAUCGUCUACGCGGAUGUUGAUCGUAACAGCGCUUGCAUGGUUAAAGGACGAGGAUUGAAUGUUGCUCACUUGGAAUUACCGUUGAAAGGAUGUGGUACAAAGCAGGAUCCAACACGUGUUUUUACCAACAACAUUGUCGUUCGAUUUCAUCCCAGUCUUGAGAUGGACGGAGACGAGAUCAUUACGAUAGUUUGUCGAUAUCCACCACCAAAGACUGUGGCUAUACCGGCACCCAUUUUUUUACCACCGGCAGUUCCAUCAGGGCCAAGUUUAUCAGGACUACAUAUCUUGUUGAUCAUCUGCUCCCUGCUGUUCCUCGCAUUGACGCUACUUGGAAUGGGUUGUUCAUACAUGUGUCUCAAGCGCAGACCCAUUCGAGUCGUGCAUCGUCAGACAACAAGCUAUACAGGAUCUGAGAUCACAAAGAUCUCUGGUUCAUCAUUAGGAAAUAUCUCCAUGUUCGGAGAUUUAAAGAUUCCAAGGGCUCAUGCACCUUUACACAUUGCUGCAUCAAUCUCCGGAAGUGAAGUCAACUUGGUCACGGAUCAUUCCGACACAUUACCCAGCGAUUAUCCCAGCGAGAGUCACUCCGAGAUCGACGAGGCAAGAUCCCUUCCUGUAUCAUCAGCCGGCUCCUACGAAAAGGCAUUUAUCCAUCAUCAACAACAUACAGACGUGCGUGCAUCAAGUUCUCUCUAUUCGGAAACAAUCAACGAAAUAGAAACCUCAGCAAUCACCAGUGCAUCUCGUAUGAUACCUCGACCUUUGCCAAUUGAACCAAAAUUCGAUGUUCAAAUGAGAGUCAAGAAAGCCCCACCACCGCCACCAAGUCCCCUACCAUCAGAAUCAGACGCCAGUAUUGCUCUCGAACGUAAUUUAACAACAAUUCUUGAACGUGAAGAAAUUUCCCGUCCUCCAAUGACGACUUUCUCCUACGUUCCCGAACUUCACGGACCACCUAGCUCAAUAUCAAGACAACAAACACCUCCCGUAUACUCUCGAAUUCUAAGAAAGCAAGCCGAAAGAGAAACGAUUUUAGAAUCAAUAACCUCACCAUCACCGCCAUUGGCAACAAUUCACAGACCAAGAUCCCUUGCAUCUCUAAACACAGAAAUGACAGACACACGCUCUCUAACGGAAGUAACCGAUGCCUCCCACGCAAAAUACCGAGUAGCCAGUAUUCUCGCACCCACUCCACCUCCACCACCUCCAAUUGUUCCCACAACACUAACUCACACUGCUCAAGAAUACCGUCAAUAUAUCCGAGAACACGUUGAACCACUAGUACAGCCUGUUAUGUCACCAAGAAGACCCGAAAUCACAACCCAUGAGGUUGACGACGUAUUUCUACGCACUGUCACCGAAAAGAAAACAAUCGAAGACGUUGAACGUCAUCGUCGUCAAAUCACCGAAUAUCAUGCAAAACCCGAUCCCAAAUGGGAUGUCACAAUUAGAAAUUAUCCCACUGAGGAAUUACCACCGCCACCACCCGAUUGGGAGAAUUUCUCUGAUGUUAGUUCAGCAUCAAAUUUAACAAUCACCAACGAACCAACUCCACGUUUUGAUGAGCUAGACACCAACAUUGAACCCACCUAUACAACACGUGCCGAAAUUCCACCUCAUCGAAUUCCACACGAAUCAACGCCUAACAAUUGGUUCACAUUGUCACGAGUUUUGGAACCACAGUACGCAACCGAAUUCACCGAAGAUGAACGGAAAAAGUGGCGUGAAAUCAUUACAAGUGAGAGUACAUUGAGAACAUUGUUAACCGAGGCAGUUGUUAAAGAAGACUACGAAUUGAUUCGUAAGGAUGCAAGGUAUACUACACUAUUCCCACCAGCGAAAUGGGAUGUUAUUAUUCGUAUCCUAAGUCCACCGAAUUCAAGUUCGACUUCCUCGCAAGGAAAAAGUGGACAGAGAUACAAACGAGGUAAAUCAUCCGAAUGGGACAAUAGGUCCAGGAGAUCAUCCCUACCGACUCUUUACGAGUACGAAAGCGAUGGUGGUAGUUCAAUAAGAACAUUUGGACAGGAUCAUCUUCGACAGGGAGUACAUCCAAAUUCCAGUGGACGAAUUAGAAGACUCAGUUCAACUACCCGUGGUGGUAGCGAGGCAGAUCUUCGUUCAAUGUCCGAAAUGACAGUUAGAGAUUUUGCCCGUGUCGAGAGAGACGAUCUCACCAGUUUGAGUUCCUACGAGGGUGAAUCCCUCGUUAGAUCGCUCAGUCAACCUAGUCUCGCACGUUCGGGAUCAGAAUUCACUGAACAUUGGGGUAUGCCCUCGCGUGGUUUGCCCAAUUGGGGUUUUGAGGACGAUGCCUGCAGUUCUGCCGAAACAACACCAAGGCCAAUUAGACGAAACGAUCGCAUGGAAAUUGUUGCCUCAUUCGAUGGUGUCACACGUCAAACAUUACCAUCAACUUCGGGGGUUACUUCAUUUGCACGCUCCACAAGAUACACGGAAAGAGAAAGUAUUCGAGUUGAUGAUCAAAGAGGACCCAAUUGGUUUCACGAUGACUCCGAACCUGAGAUGCAUAUCUAAGCCUUGAUUCUAGAAGACAUUUUUUCGAAAUACAGUCGAAACCGCUAUUACGAACGGAAAAUAAUUAUCGGUUAUUACGAACGUCAGACUGUUUUGGUCAGAAUUAGUAAAAAAAAAAAUCAAAAUUCGUAUAUUGUAAAAUGAAAAACACGAAAAAAUUUUAUUUGUAAGUAACAAAAUUGAUUCUAUUCGUGAAUUAGAACUAAUUUCUGUGUGUAAACAGGUGGUUUAAACUAAGUCACAGCAAUAUUCCGAUUAGUGGAUAAAUUUUAUAAAUUCAAGCAAAAAAAUUUUGCGACAAUUUUAUAAAUACUAAAUACAUUUUAUUUUGAAUUUAGUGUAAAUUCUCCCUUGAAUUUCGUUCUAAGUGGUUUCGACUGUAUUAAUUGUUCGAAGCUAGUAAUUUCAAUUUAAAGAAAUUUUUUGAAAAUAUUUGUGAAAAAUAACAAGUGUGAUUUGUGCGGCCCUGAAUCAGCAAUUUUUAAAACAGACUUGCCGAUGUGAAAACUAAGUUCACAACACUGCCAACAGAGGACUGCACCAAGCAUUUGAAUUUCAAUAUUGUUUAUAGUUUAUAUGAAAUCUUUGCUAAACAAUUUUUUGUUCCUUUGAAAAUCUUGGAACCACAUGCUUUGAUGUUUCCUUUUAGGAACAAUACAAAAGAAUAGAGAAAUGACUUCUCAAAGUCUUUAGUUCCUUUCUUUCUUUUUUUUUUUUCUUUUUUUUUAAUUUUCCUCUAUUGUUUCAAAUGAAAUCUAGGACUCGAAACUGUCGAUAACUGCCCCUUCUCCCUCGUUUUUAAAUAUUCUAUAAAUAAGAAACCAGAAACUCAAUUUUAAGUCUGAAUUUUACACUUCAUACUCGAUUUAUGUUUUCCUUCAACGUAUAAAUUUAUAGUCUUCGAGUUGAACUGUAAAGUUCAGCGACUUAAUAUCGAUCGGUUUAGUUUCUGUACAGAGAAAAAUGAGUAGUCGAUUCGCAUAAAUUUUUCUCGCGCUAAAGAUUCUUUUCAAAGAAAAUAAGAAUUACGAUCGGAUUUAAAAAUUUGAGGAAAAAAAAAAAAGAAAAAGAUUUUGUUAAUAUUAACCAAAGCAGCGCGAUUUUAUAUACCAUAAAUCUUUUUUUACUUGACUUUGAAUAUAAUAAAGUGCCGAUAAAAAUAUAUGCGAAUAUAUUAAUUUUCACAAAGUGAGAAUUUUUUAAAAGAAUAUAUAUAUAUACAUUAAAUAUAUUAUAUAAAAUUUCAAAAUGAAUAACAUUAAUUUUUUUUAUGUAGCUUUAAUAUUUUAAAUAAAUUUUGCUGUGCUUUCUAAAGAUAAUUUUAAAAAAAGUAACAUUUAAUUUUAUUGUAACUCGAAUAAUAACAUUAAUUUGUUAACAAUUACCGUAUGAAUUUAGGAAUUUUAUUUUAAAAUUCAAUUUCUCUUAAUCUCUCACCACUUUGAAUGAAUUUAAUGCUUUAACUUUCGUUUUAGAAGUGUUUUUUUUUAAAUUUUAAUACAAUAAAUAUCAAAAUAUAAAUAUUUUUUUUAAAUCGAAACGUUUUUAUAAAACAUAGUUUCAAUUUAAUGCAUCUGCAUAUCAAACAUAAUUAAGAAAUACAUAAAAAACAAGGAGGGGGUCCUUUAUGUUUAUUUCAUAAACAUUAUGCUUCCUCAUUUUGUGAAGCAAAAAAUUCGCUUCCUCGUGAAGGAAGCAAUGAAUUUGUCUAAUUCAAUUGAUUGAUUUAAAAAAUUUCGAGUUAAAAAUGUUUUAAAUUAAUUAAAUUUUUUGAAAAAUAAAGAAAAUUUUAAUUAAUUUUGAGUGUAACAUAAACUUUAUAUAUACGAAUCGAUUCGUUUUAAUGCAAGGAAUACAAUUAUUUUAUUCAUGAACUUGAAUUUUAAAAAAACACAACAUUUUUUAGCUAAAAUAUGAAUUUUCGAUUUUUCAAUUUUUAUUAAUUCUCAAAUUUUAAAUCAAAUCUAUACUUUAUAUAUACCAACCAAUUCGUUUCAAUGCAGGGAAUAAAAUUAUUUCAUAUAUAAACAUGAAUUUAAAUAAACACAUCAUUUUUUAGCUAAAAUGAGAAUUUUUGAUUUUUUAACUUUCAUUAAUUCUUUAAAUUUCAAUCAAAUCUAUACUUUAUAUAUAUCAAUCGAUUCAUCUUGACAUAAAGAAGACGAUUUUAUUAUAUAUUACCUUAAAUUUUUCGAUUUAAAAAUUUUUUCAAUUACAAAAAAAUUUUUGGAAAAAAGACGAUAAAAUUUUUUUUUUGGGGUAUUUUUAAAAAUCCUCUCGUCAUUUUUGAGAGAUUAAUGUGUUAAAUAAGCCUAUCAAAUUUUACCCAAAUCCAUUAAAAUCUGUUAAAGAUAUCGUGUUCACAAAAACUAUCCACACACACAUACACACACACACACACACACACACACACAUACACACACACAUACAUACAUCCGGACAAUUGAUCAGGAUCUCAUAUAACAUGUUUCUAUAUAGAGGAAAAUUUGUUUUCACCAUUUUUAGAAAGUUUAUAAACGAAAGGACUACAUAGCUUCCUCCACGAGGAAGCAAAAGAUUAAAAAAGAGUUAUAAGAAAUUUGCUUUAUGUUUAAAAAAUCAUUGACGUUAAAUUUUAUCUUGAUCUACUUUACCGACUCAACAUAGAGUUGAAACUCACAUGAAAAAUUUAAACUUAAAGUUUUCUCAAUUAAUUAGUCUCUUAUGGGAAAACUUUGAAUCACUUAAUAAUUUUAAAUAAUAAUUAUUAUAAAUGAAAAUGAUGGUAUAUUAUAUCUAUAUCUAUAUUUAAAAUAUAGAAAUUUAACUUUUUUAAAAAGUUUCAAUAAAUAAGAAGUUUUUUUUUUACUCAUGUAAAAUAAAUAUAAUCCUUUUUAUUUUAAACUCUCGAAAAAAUGGAAUCCUUCCAAUAUUAUUUAUAUAAAAAAUCGAAGAAAAUCAAAGAUGCAUUCUAAAUUUACUUUAUCGAUCCAACCAGAGAGUGGAAACUCAUAUGAAAAAUUUACUUCAUGUAAAAUUCUAUAAAUUAAAUAUUUCAUUUGCAUAAAAAUUUUAUACCAGAACAUUUUCUUUGCGUUCGAAAAAAAUAUUUACAAACAUUUUUUAUUCUUUUUAAAUUUUUUUAAAUUUUCAUUUUUUUUGACAAUAUUUAAUUAUGUUUGAUAUACAGUAAUUGAAACUAUUAAUAAAAAAAACAAGUGGGGAAAAAAUCUGCAAAAUUUUAAUUUAUUGACAAAAAAAAAAUGUCCCGCAAAUCAUUUUCAGAAAAAAUUAGAGUUGCAAGGAAUUAAAAUUAUUCAAUGACCAUUGUGCAAGCGCUAUAGUGAUAAUAGAAAUCGUAGGUGACAAAAAAAGGUGCUGGGUCAACGCUUUUUUUUAUUUUUUUUUUUUAAAGAAAACGUGAAUAUUUUUAUAUAUAAAUAAUUAUAAGUUGUAUAUGAAGAAUAAAUUACUAAAAAAAAAAACAAGUGCAUAUAUUAUAAAUAAAGCGCGAACAAGUGAUUAGAUCUGCUCAAACGUGGCGUAUAUCAUAUAUUUAUUUCUAUAUUCGAAAAAAACAUUUUUUUUUUAAACACAAUCUCAUUAUAAAUGAGAUCUAUUAUAUAUAUUUUUUUUUUCGAAACGAUUUCAAUUUCGUAAAUCCUUUUAUACGAAAAAUAAACGAUAGUGCAAUUGACUGAAUUUUUGAUUCAUUUAUUAAUUAUUUAAUUAGCCAAAUGAAUAAAAACUGUUUAUGGAAAUAUUUAUAAAAAAAAAAAAAAUUGCGUAGAUUAAAAAAAAAGAAAUGUGGGAUCGAUUGCAACCUGAAUUUCUUUAUCAAAAAAGUUGAUAAGAAGCACGAGACUUGCCCAGCCCACUUUUACUCGUAAAAUUAAUUGUGUUCGUCUCGAGAAAUUUUUCUCUGCUCCUUAAAUUCUUUAGAAGUUUAGUUAAGUUGAGUCCGAUUCUUUCGCUUUCGAUUUACUUUUCUCUUAAAUGUAAUUGAAAGGACCUAAGAAAACGUAAUCAAUUUUGGGCGUGUAUUUUUUUUUUGUAUGUGAAUGUGUGUGUGUGUAGAUAUUUUGGUUGAAAAUGGCAAAGAGUUAGUGAAAACAAAAGAAAAGCGAAUUGGACAUAGUAAGGUGCUAUUCUCUGUAAAUAUUGAAGAAAAAGAAUAAGAAGAAGUGUGUGUGUGUGCGAAAGCAAACUGAAAACUAAGAUAAGAAUUCAAUAAUUUUUUUUUCGACUUAUCUUUCUGUAACUAAAUGAUUAUCAACGCCGUCCAUACAAAUAUGAAUUUCAUUGUAGUUAAUAAAAAAAUAUAACGAUGCUUUUACUA